UGCAGCAAGUGCAGCGAGGGGAGAGCAGGGACGAACCAGGCAGCCGGCGCAGGACAGAGGCAGCCGGGAUGUCAGAAGCUGCGAUGCGUACAGCCUCCGAUCACUUCUACACGUGCAGCUGCUGCCGGGAACAUCUAGCUCUGUAGCUCUCAGCUUGCAGUGUGAGGGGCAGCCACUAUGUUUAGGGGCUUUUAGGCAGGCAAGGGUGGGACAGGCUUAGCCCAGAGAGCCUCUGGGGGUGCUUUUUUUGUGGACAUCCUGGGGUUGGGGCGAGGAGAAAGAAGAGGCAACAGAGAGAAGGGAGGACGUGGGAAUAGGAUACACCAAGGUGUGUGCCCACCAUGACGGAGAGGUGCAGUCUGUGGAGCGCCCUGUCGGCUGCAGCAUGCUGCUUCUACCGGGGAUCCUUCAUGCAGGUGCAGUUCUCCAAGGAGAAGUACCUGCUGGAGUCUCCUCCUGAGAAGCUGCGUAAGGAGCUGGAGGAGGAGCUGAAGCUGAGCCCCGCCGACAUCAGGAGUCAUGGCUGGUACCACGGGCACAUACCCAGAGAGGUGUCAGAAACUCUGGUUGUGCGUCACGGAGACUUCCUGGUACGCGACUCCCUGGUCAACGUGAGCGACUACGUGCUGACCUGUCGCUGGGACAACGAGGCGCUGCACUUCAAGAUCAGCAAAGUUCUGAUCAAGUCCAGCGACAGCAAGGUCCAGUAUGUGCUGGAGUCGGAGAGCUUCGACUCGGUCCAGGAGCUGGUACGCUUUUACGUGAGUCAGCGCAAACCCGUCUCCCAGUCCAGCGGCGUCCACAUCUACUGCCCGGUGAGCAGGACCCUCCCGCUGCGCUACCUGGAGGCCACCUUUGCCCUCGCCAGCAGCAAACAAGGCUCCGCCUACUCUCCGUCCAGCCAGAGGGGGGCGUAUAUCAAGAGGAGGAGCGUCACCAUGACCGACGGCCUCACCGCAGAGAGGAUGAUUCCUCACAGCGACUCAGACAGCCCCAGUCCACUUGGGACACCGGUGGCACCACCAGACCCGGACCCGGAACCCGUGCCCACGUGCAGGUGCCCUUCCACCAUCCACCACCACAAAGAUGCAAUGAGAAACUGUGCAAUGAGCAUGGACCAGAUUCAGGAGUACCGCUGCCCCCUGUCGCCCGUCGGAGAGACCCCCCUGUCGCCUGCGUACUGUGCAAUCACGAGACAGAGAGCCCACUCAGGCGGGCGUGUCCUGGCCGUGGUGCCGCCCUCCCCCGUCACGCGGCAUUCCAGCGACCCUCAGCUCAGCCCCACCUCCGGCAACAACCCCUCAGAUCAUCCCGCCUCCCACUCAGCACACUCCUCGCCCGCGCAUCGCGCCGCUUUGCAAGCGCACUCCUCGGACACGGCGGGGAGCUACUGUGACCUCAGACCCUGCCCCGCCGGACCCCCAAAACCUCCCACCAAGAGCUACGUGGAGCGAUUGCGGGUGGAAGAGGGGAGGAAUGAGAGCGCCAGGGGGGAAGGAGACGGGAUGUGCAGCGCUCCCUUGGUGGAGACUGCAUCCUUCUUCCGACCAUCCAGGUACGAGUCCUGCAUCAUGCCCGCUGACAACAAACCCCUGGAGAUGUCCGUGCUGAAGAGGGUAAAAGAGCUGCUGGCUGAGGUGGACGCAAGGACGGCGGCCAAACACAUCACCUUGGUGGACUGCACGGUUGCAAGAAUAGUGGGCGUGACCUCAGAUAUGCAAAGGAUGAUGGGCGUGUCCUCGGGCUUGGAGUUACUCACGCUACCUCACGGGCACCAGCUGAGAUUGGACCUGCUAGAGAGGUUCUACACCAUGUCCAUCAUGACGGCGGUGGACCUGCUGGGCUGCACGGGGAGCACUGAGGAGAGGGCGGCGCUCCUCCACAAGACCAUCCAGCUGGCCGCCGAGCUGAAGAGCAACCUGGGCAACAUGUUUGGCUUCGCCGCCGUCAUGAGGGCCUUGGAGCUGCCGCAGAUAUCCCGGCUGGAGCAGACGUGGGUGACGCUACGCCAGAGACACACGGAAGGCGCCAUCUUGUAUGAGAAGAAACUCAAACCUUUCCUCAAGAACUUGAAUGACGGCAAAGAGUCCAGCGUCCUGUCCAGCACCACCUUCCCACACCUCAUCCCUGUCCUGUCUCUGCUGGAGCGAGGCCUGGCGCUCGGGGAGGCCCCGGAGCCCUGGGAGAGCGCCGAGGUGGGCGUGGACGUGGUCAUGCACCACUUGGAGGCGGCCCGGACCGUGGCGCAUCACGGGGGGGUCUACAGGAGCAACGCUGAGACCAAACUGCUGGGAUUCCAAGUGCAAGCGGAGAUACACGAGAUCUUCCACACGGAGUUCCAGAUGCGCCUCCUGUGGGGCAGCCGCGGCUCCGAGGGCAGCCAGCUGGAGCGCUACGAGAAGUUCGACAAGGUCCUCACCGCUCUCUCGCACAAGCUGGAACCUCCGGUGCGCCACAGCGAGCUAUAGCAGCAAACCACAGCUACAGAAACAAACACUUAGCGCCUGCUAGCGGUCUCGCCUUGCAUGGCCACGGAGGACAGGGGAGGGGCCCCCAUUUGACCGGAGACGCGAGUCGCAGUCCCGGAUGUGGCCGUCAGCGGACGCGUAGAAGAGCCACAAGAAGAGGACUAUGACUACGGUAGCCUCCGAGGGCUUCGGCUCUCCUCCACGCGGACACCGCUGUCUCACGCUGAAGGACGUCGGAAGGACCGCCCACCACGUACCCCGCCGUAACGUCGACAUCACGUUGUCUGUGUGCACCUGUCCGCAUUCCUUCAUUUUUUUAAGCAUCUUAUUUAUUUUGUAAAUGAUCUCCAGACAUUCUCAGUGUUGAUAAGCAAGGAGGCAAGAUGGAGCAUGCAUCCCAAAAAUACAAUAUUUCAUAUCUAACCCACACAUUUCUCCAUCAGCGAAGGAAGCAGUUCCCAUCUGAGCCCAGCAGAGGGCGACCUCAUCCAGCCUUGAAAGACCACACGUGUACUCCUCCAUGCUGACUAUUGGAUGCUUAUUUCCCAGUGUGUUCCACAGCCUACCGGUUCAGGUUGGAAUCUGCUCACCCUGAUGGUGGAAAGAUGGAGGAUUCUGUUUUUUUUUUUUUUGUUUUUCAUUCAUCAAUUCCCUUUUCGGAUACCAAAAGAGUGACAGGCGCAGCUUAAAUGUCAAGUGACUUUCAUGUGUGAAAGGACGGGAUGCUGUUUGGGAAUGAUGAUGUUUUUGUUUGCUUGUUUGUUUUUUUACAUAUUGUACAUAG